UGUUCGGUUAGUUUGAAAAUGAUUUUCACUUUUUAUGGUUGUUUUUGGGCCUUCCUGUGGACAGGGGUCUUUGUCUUAGCUGCAGAUCAGGAGGUAAUAUUAAUAUAAGGUAGUCAAAAAUAUACUAAUUCAUGGAUAUACCACAGCAACCGCCUGUUUUUAGGAGGGGAGGAUCCAAAUUCAUCAUGGAAUCUCUUCUCACCAGUUGUGAUAACAACUUUGUGGACAAUUUUCGAAAAGUUCCCAACAAGGUGGAUAUCUACACCUUUCGCGUAGUGAAACUGGCUUCAGCCUUUACCAUUAAUAUAGCUGUGAGGGUCCUGAAAACGAAGAGAGUAAUGUACAAAGUGGAUAACCUAGAUGGGUGUCAAUUCCUAAUGAAUCCCCUGAUGAAUCACGUUUUUGGUUCUGUGUACAAGCGGUUAAUCGUCAAUGGCACUUUCUUUAGCUGCCCAAUAAAGCCGGGUGUGUAUUACCUCAGGAACGAGGGCUCGGUGGACAUGUUGCCCAGUUUUCACCCUCCCGGAAGAUAUCAGAUCACCAUGCGCAUCAGGAUGCACGAAAGUAAAGCACCCUUCGUGAUGGAGAUGCUGUGGAUAUAUAAUGUAGUUCGAAUAAAGUAA